AGCGAGUAGGAACGCGCAGAGGGCUCCCUGUGUCCGGCAGCCCGGCCGGCCUCGCCGGUCCUCCCGCGCCCCGAUGAGCAAGCGCAAGGCGCCGCAGGAGAACCCCAACCAGGCCAUCACCGACCUCCUCAGCGAAUUGGCCAACUAUGAAAAGAAUGUGAAUAGAGCUAUUCAUAAAUACAAUGCUUACAGGAAAGCAGCAUCUGUAAUAUCCAAGUACCCUAGCAAGAUAAAAAGUGGGUCCGAAGCAAAGAAAUUGGAUGGCAUAGGAACUAAAAUUGCUGAAAAGAUCGAUGAAUUUUUAUCUACUGGAAAAUUACGUAAGAUAGAAAAGAUUCGACAAGAUGACACAAGCUCUUCUAUCAAUUUACUGACCAGAGUUAGUGGCAUAGGUCCUGCUGCUGCGAGGAAACUAGUAGAUGAAGGUAUUAAAACAUUGGAAGAUUUAAAGAAAAAUGAACAUAAAUUGAAUCAUCACCAACGCAUUGGAUUAAAAUACUUCAAAGACUUUGAAAAAAGAAUUCCUAGGAAGGAGAUGCUUGAAAUGCAGGACGUUGUAUUGAGUGAAGUGAAGAAAGUAGACCCUGCCUAUAUUGCUACUGUUUGUGGCAGUUUUCGCCGAGGUGCAGAAUCCAGUGGAGAUAUGGAUAUCCUGCUGACACAUCCAGACUUCACUUCAGAAUCUGCCAAGAAGCCAAAGCUUUUGCAUCAAGUUGUGGAGCAGCUGGAAAGCAUUUGCUUUGUUACAGACACACUCUCAAAGGGAGAAACCAAAUUCAUGGGUGUAUGUCAACUCCCAAGUAGAGAUGAUGACAUCAUCUAUCCAUACAGGAGAAUUGAUAUCAGGCUGAUUCCCAAGGACCAGUAUUACUGUGGAGUCCUCUACUUCACUGGAAGUGACCUCUUCAAUAAAAACAUGCGAGCCCACGCCUUGGAAAUGGGCUUCACCCUCAACGAGUACACGAUCCGGCCUCUCGGCGUCACUGUGGGUUCGAGUACUGGAGGAAAGCUCAUGAACAGAGCGGCGAGGAAGAACCCAGUGUUUGAUAAGAGUGAUCCCACCUUCCGUUCCAUUACAGGCUCAGACUCUCCUUAGCUGCUGCGGCAGACACGCAGACGAGCUCUCUGUGGGGCACCCUGGAGGGGCCGUUGACAAACCAGACCGGAUGCACAACCGCAGCGCUGGAAGAUCUCAGGGCCUGGCGCCCCACCAUCCUUCUGCCCUCGCCCGGAACACACGGCCCCUUCGAGGAGAACAGGUUUGCAGAUCUUGGCCCAGAAGUGGCGGGCACAGCAGUGCCCUUGGGCGCAGUCGGAGGUGCGGAGGCAGCGCUCUCCCGUGCCAGCUGUGAGAGGCAAACAGUGAUCAGCUCUUUCAGAAGCAAACCCUGGUUCUGGAGGCUGCAUUGCUGGGUGACAGUGAGGUUGAAUGGCGCCAGAGGCAGAUACAGCUGGGUGACGUCCGGAGACCAGCCACUUCAUCGGGCAGCCAGUCCCUCCUUGCAGGUGGCACGGCAACCGUGCCUCCCUCCCGCACUCUGUUUUAAGAGCAGUGGUGAGCUAAACUCAGACCAAGCGGUUACCACGUGACAUGGACUAGUCUACCUCACAGGGCAGCGGUUGAGAAAGGAAAGCUGGGUUUCCCCAUCGCAGCUCCUAGAAGACCACCACCACGCUGGUAGCAUUCACUGUCCCACCAUCUGGCCUGGGCCCUCCUCGUAGAGGUGGCAAGGGCCACUCCUACUGAACCAACCUUUGGACGCAUGCCUUGGGGGGCUGCCGGUGUUCCCCACCAGCUCUCCACGGCCAAAGAAUAGUUCUGCAUCACGUGAGGAAAAGGGCCAUCUACCCACCAGGGAUUUCCACCCCCUGCAGUGCAUCAUUUCUUUCCCUGCAGGAAAGACUGGCGAUGUUGCCACGGCAAACCCUCCUUUGCUUUCUCCUAGAAGAGGGUCAGCCACAUUUGGGAGUGUGGAGGUUGCAGCUCUGCCUCUCCACCUCUCAGGGGGCCAAAGGUGAAGAUGUUUCUGGAAAGAAUGAGGUAAACUCACUUUUUGUCUAUUUCUGAAGUUUAAAGGUAGUCCCUGCGACACAGACAGUUGGAAUCAACUGUGUUCCAAGUCUAGAGAGAACAUCUUGGGGGGGGGGGGUUCUGCUCUUAUGCCACCAUUCCAGUCUUGAAGAAACAUUUUAAGGAACCAAAAUGGUUCUAUCCUGGCUGAACCUGGCUGAUUUCCAGAAGCAAGCAACAUAUUUGGAUGAUCCCAGGCCAUUUGGGGCACCACCUGGAAAUGUAAAGCAAGGAUUCCCCCAGAUCUCAGCCAAUGAAGUUCCCAGUAGCUGAGAGCUUCAAUUAACCUCUCUAACAGUAGCCAAGGAAGGAAAUAUUUCUUUAAGAUGGAAUUCGGAGGAAGGAAAAGCCUUUACUUGUUUGGAUGUGUAUUGGCCUGGCCAGGAUAAGAGGGCAAGAUGGGCCAAUUCUGACAUUGCCUAGAAAGACUUCUUUCAAACGAGGUUUGGCUUAUUUCCCAUCUCAAACCACACAGCUUACUCCACAACUUGAUGGAAGGUGGGUCUGGCAAUGGCCCAACAGAGAGUGGGUCCAGACCAGCCCUGGGAUUGCUGGCAGUCCAGUCCCUAGCAUGAGCCAUGACGGAAACCCUGCUUGUCUUCUCUCUUUCAUCCCACUUUCUGGAAUGCAGACAAACUGCUCAGAUGGGCACCCAUCCCAAUAUUAGUUGUCCCUUGAAAACCUGGAGACUGUUUGAGGGACAGACGGCUGGUGCACACAGGCUGCUCCAGGGGAGGAGGGGGGCCACCUAGGGGGAUCCUUUGGUUGUGCCUGUUCUGGGUCUACCCAAACUGGGUUGCCAAACUCCAGACAUUCUCAGCUGGCAGGGAAGAGUUAUGGUUUUCUGCCCCACGGCAGUCACCUGGGCAAAUCGCCUGGAGGCUUGCCUGCUGCCCUGCCUGCCUGUCACCCGGCCCUGCCCAGCAUCCUAGCAACAACUACGGUUGCUCCUGGGCCCUGCCUGCCUGUGACAGACCAUGAUCCAGUGUAGGUUUUUAAGGAAUGAAGGUCCGGCUAGGUCCCCUGUGUCUGUGGGCCCCAAAGUGGACAGUUACCCUGCCAUGACUACAUCUAGGGCAUUGCACGCUUUCCCCCCGAAGAGGGAAAUAUAGAUGGGGCAGCCCAAAUUUCAUCCUCACAACCCCGUGAGGUAGAUUGGGAUGGGAGUGGCUGGCCCUCAGCUCACCCAGUGGCCUCUUGAAACUGACCUCUUCCCAUCUAAUCCUUCAUCUUAAUCAAUAAGCCGCAUUGCUGGUGUAUAGCUUUGUGGACAUGCCCUAGUUCAACUAAUCAUGGCUUGGUGUGUUAUCUGACUCGAGCCCUGCUAUUGCCACCACAAGAGCAGACCACACUGCGCCCCACAAGCGAAGGGGAUCGGCUCCUGUCACACUGAGAUUUAAUGCAAUGGGGCCACAUAUUCCUCAUUGCCAAAUUAUUCAUUACCCCUCCCCCAACUUGGACUUACUGUAACUGAAUUGUUUUAGGUUGAGAAAUUCUAAAAUUCUCUCCAUAAAUGAUUGAUCUUUAAA